AUGGGUGCUGCCAGCGAGGCUCAGCUUGGCCUACCGCCGCUGCGUAGGCCGUCGUUUUUGCAGCGACACGCACGCCUGCUCAAAUGCAUCCUCGCCUUUCAAUGCGCCCUGACCUUUGUGCUGCUGCACAUGACGGGCUACCCGCUCAUUUCCAACCUCUCUCUCGAUCAUUCUUCGACAAAAGCUGCGCCAUCUCUUUCGCACACAGUCGGUGCAUCUGGCGACAACGAUGCCUGCCCGCAGGUACCUCCGUUUGAGCUUCCGUCAACCAACGGCAGCUCCAACGGCGACAUCGAUCUGCCGUCGGACAUGGUCCUCGCUCGGCUGCUGUCGGGAGCCGUGCAGGUGGACACCUCCGUCGGCGAUGACUGGCCCACCGUGCAGCAGGAUCCGGCUCGAUGGGAGGCGGUGUUCGCUCCUCUGCACGCCUACUUGCGCACUGCGUUCCCGCUGGUGCAUGCGCCCGACUCGCGCGUGCGUCUCGAAAAGGUCAACGAGUGGGGACUGGUGUACACACUUCCGGGCGCCGACGAAUCGCUGCCCCCGCUUGUGCUCAUGGCGCACCAGGACGUCGUGCCCGUCGAGCCCGAGACCGUGGGCGCUUGGACGCAUGCACCGUUCUCGGGCUUCAUCGACCACGACCACGGCCUCGUGUGGGGACGCGGCGCGAGCGACUGCAAGGCGUCGCUCGUCUCGAUCCUCGCCACGCUCGAGAGCGUUCUGCGCUCCGGCUACCAGGCGCAGCGCACCGUGGUCGCCUCGUUCGGGUUCGACGAAGAGAGCUCCGGCACGCAGGGCGGCGAGAAGCUCGCGGCGUUCCUCGAGACGCGCUACGGCAAGGACGGCGUGGCACUCAUCGUCGACGAGGGCGGAAGUAUCGAGCUUGGCCUCGGCAUGGCUGUUGCGGCACCGACUGUGGCCGAGAAGGGAUACCUCGAUGUGAGGGUCACCGUGCACACUCCUGGUGGGCACUCGUCAGCGCCGCGCAAACACACGUCCAUCGGCCUGCUUGCGCAACUCAUCACUGCCAUCGAGUCGGAUCCGUACGAACCGGUGCUGGAUGUGACGCACACCGACAAGGUGCAUCCGGGGCUGCAGUAUCUGCAGUGCACACGGGAUGCGCCCAAGGCAGAUGCCAAGCUGUCGGCCGCGCUGAAGAAGCUCGCUGGUCUGCAGCGCAAGCACACGAAGCGCGCGAAACGCAAGGUGCAGAAGCAGGCGGAUAAGGUGCUUGGGCUCAUGUCGCGAUACCAACGGUUUGGAUUCCAGACGACCCAGGCGGUCGACCUCAUCGCGGGUGGCGUCAAGAUCAAUGCACUGCCCGAACAGGCAUCGGCGGUGAUCAAUCACCGUAUUGACAUCACCUCGUCCACAGCGGCGGUGCGCGAGCACGUACACGCUGUCCUUCGACCCGUAGCUGAUCGUCUGGGGCUGAGUGUCGAGGGUAAUGGCAGUGCAUGGUCGACGGUGGUCGCUGCGUCCAAAGGGCAUGCCGAGGGAAGGGUGGUGUUGUCGGAUGCGUUUGAAUCCGCACUCGAGCCCGCACCGUAUACGCCGCUGGAUGGUGCGCCGUGGAAGCUGCUACAGGGCACAAUCCGCGCCGUGUGGCCUGGGAUCCUAGUGGCGCCGGAUGUCAUGGGCGGAAACACCGACACAAAGAGCUACUGGAACCUCACGCGCCACAUCUUCCGCUUCAGCCCAGGCUCCGACCGACCCUUCCCCAUCAAAGGUGGCGACGAAAACAUCCAUACCGUCGACGAAGCCACUCCCAUCCAUGCGCUCGUCAAGGCCACCCAGUUCUACACACUCCUCAUCCAAGCCGUCGGCACGACUGAUCUGUAA